UACACGUAUUUUUGAGGUUUAUCUUCCCCCGAAAUCCAUUCCAUUUCAUCUCAGGACUUAAUUAGAUAUCAUGUCUUAUAGCCUAUGAACCAUUGGAUUCUAAUAUCAAGAGGUGAGAGGAUUGAUAAUUGCUAUUUUUAAAACACCGAUACACUUCCCUUUAACCGUACGCUACUUUCGUUCUCGGAUAUCUCAAAAUAAUUCGACUAAUUCAAGGCUACUGGAAUAGGUUCUCUGACCAUGCAGCUAAGUUUGUAUACUCUGAUUACAUUUGUAUGGUGUCUACCCGGCUUUUUUGCCUCGUACGUGCCCUGUGAGCCUUGCGAUCAGAAGGCGCUGUCCAUGUGUCCACCGGUGCGGAUGGGGUGUCAGGUGGUGAAGGAGCCCGGCUGCGGAUGCUGCUUGACCUGCGCACUGACCGAGGGGCAGGCGUGUGGAGUCUACACGGGGACAUGUGGACAGGGACUGCGCUGCCUGCCUCGGAGCGGAGAGGAAAAGCCGUUACACGCUCUGCUUUACGGCAAAGGAGUUUGCAUGGACGAGAAACUAGGUCUACACAAACCACUUCAUAUGCCGAAGGAUCAAGAGUCACACGAAGAGACCCUGGUUACAGAGGUAACAGAGGAUCUGCUUCCCCAGGCUAAGGUUCCAUUAUUCCAACGAGACCACAUUAACAGCAAGAAGGCUCAGGCCAUGCGAAAGGAUCGGAAGAGACAGCAGGCUAAACUCAGGACAAAUAUGGACUACCCGCUCUUGGGAAGUGACAAACAUCACUCUGACAUUGGUCCAUGCCGAAGAAAGCUGGAUGGAAUUAUCCAGAGGAUGAAGGACAGCCCCAGAGUCAUGGCUCUUUCACUGUACCUACCCAACUGUGAUAAGAAAGGUUUCUUCAAGCGCAAACAGUGUAAACCCUCCAGGGGGCGCAAGAGAGGCAUCUGCUGGUGCGUAGACAAGCAUGGAGUUCAAAUGCCUGGCACUGAUUUUAAUGGAAGCAACAUCCAGUGUAAAGAUCUUGAAAGCAACGGCAGCAACAAUGAAUGAGACAACUUAAAUUCGGUCACGUAACAACAACAUCACUCACUCACUCACUCUCUCUCAUCUACCAUAUUAUGUGAUUUGCCAAUCAUUUCUAAUCUUAAUCUUAAAGAGUCUGACCUUUAUUUGUGGAAAAUCCAUAUAAGCCUAUAUAAGCCUAUUUUAAAGCACAAUACAAGCAUCAGUUAUUGAAUCCUGAAAUUGUCCUCUUUGAUCUUCAUUGGUUGGUGGGAUCUAUCAAGUAUCAUUUGGGAGUGAACUAGUUUCUACUGUAUCUUAUGUCAUAGACAACGAAAGUCUUAUGAGCUUAAAGAGCUUUAAGGGAUAGUUCACAUAAAAAUUGUAUUUCUGUCAUAAUUUUCUCACCCUCGUGUCAUUCAAAUCUAUAUGACACACAGUACUUUCUUCUGUGGAACACAAAAUAAUAUAU